AUGAUCUUCUCAACAACCAUCGCUCGCCCUCUGCAGCUGGCCACUCGUACCCUGCAAUGGAUGAGUGCCGUGAUCGUUAUGGGCCUGACCUCUUUCUUUAUUCACCGUGGUCCCCGUGGCCAGCACAUAAUCUUCCAGGAAGUCAUCGCCGUCCUCUCAGUCCUCUUCUUCCUGCCAGCCUUUAUAUCACCAUUCCUGCCAACGGCAUUGAGCAGAUUCGUCCUGGCAAUCGAUGUCAUCUUCUCAUACCUCUGGCUCACAGCCUUCAUCUUCGCCGCCCAAGACUACAGCACAAACCGCUGCUACAUCUCCCAACCUGUCGGUGUCCACUGCCGCUAUAAGAGGGCCAAUGAAUCCUUCAUCUUCCUCGCUUUCAUCUUCACUUUCAUUGGCAUGUUCCUGGAAGUCGCUGCCCUCUGGGCCUAUCGCAGGGAGAACAACACUGUCCAGCAUCCUGUUUCUGAGGAGCACAAGGUCGAGACUGGAAGCCGUGUUCCGCUGGAUGCGCCUACUGCUGCCCCUGCCGGCACUGUUUGA